CUCCCCCUCAGAAAGCAAUUCUCACAAUGUCCUCCACAACCCCAACCCCAAUGCCAACCCCAACUGCCAAACGCCGCCGUCUCAACGACGCCACCGCAACCCUCACCAAACCCUUCAAAUCGCCUCUCCGCAGAGCACCACCACCACCUACAAUCCCAACCCAAUCCUCAGCCCCAGCUGCAGCUAAACCGACCCCCGAAUCCCUCACCCUCCAAAACACACAAAGAGACUUACAAUCCCAUCUCACCCUCCUCCGCUCCGACCUCGACACCAUCCAACAAGCCUACCGGAUCGAGUCGUCGGGACGAGAUACUGAGUUAGAGAGAUUGAUUGUGAAGUGGAGAGGGGUGGGACAGAAAGUCGCGGAGGAGGUUUUUGAGGGUGCGAGGGAGAGGGUGGGUAGGAUGGGUGGUGUGAGGGGGUUGAAUAGGAGGGAAAGGUCUUGGGGGUGGGAUGUUGAGGGAGAUGGGGAUGGCGAUGGAGGGUAUGAGGGGGCUGGAGGGGAGAAGGAGGAGGAGGAGGAUGUGCGUGAGGAUGAGGAUGAGGAAUUCACGAUGGAGAUGAUGCUUACGAUGAUGGGGAUUGAUCUCAAGGUCAUUGGGUUUGAUCGGGAGGGGCAGCGGUGGGUGUAA